AUGGUCAGUUUGUCGUGCUGUGAUUACCUAAGCAUAGAGCAUCAACGGCGUCUGGGAUUUUCUUUGACUGAUGGUCUACCCUACGGACACUACGCCAGGAAGAACCUUGGCUACCUGUACGCGAUCAAGCACGGUGCCAGAUUUAUCUACGAGACUGAUGACGACAACAGACCCCUAGACGGACUGCAAGGAUUUAUUUUAACCCCCCAAACGCCGGGUCUCUUUUAUGACGGUGGACAGGUUUUUAACCCUUACAGACAUUUUGGGCAGUCGACAGUGUGGCCGAGAGGGUUUCCUUUAUCCGCCAUAGGAAAACAACAGGCACAGUUUUACAAAUUAGGGAGUCGGUGGGACGCACCUCUAAUCCAACAGGGCAUUGUCAACGGAGAUCCAGACGUCGAUGAUAUUUUUAGAUUAUCCAGAAAACCCGACUCGACCAGGUUGAACGUGACCUUUGACCCCGCGGCCCCUCCCGUGAUGUGGGGCGAGGGCGUGUUCAGCCCGUUCAACUCCCAGAACACCCUGUUCCACCGCGAUGCAUUCUGGGCGCUGUUCAUCCCGACCACCACAACGUUCCGGGGUCUGCGACAUCUGGCGGGGGUACUGGGCCCAGAGGCUGUGUGGGAGGUUGGGGGUAGGCUGGCGUUUUUCCCGGCCAACGCUUUCCAGCUGAGAAAUUUUUAUUCCUACUUAGACGACGCCAAGGACGAGAAGGAUAUGUAUUUCCAAACGGAAAGACUCAUACGGUUUUUAACCAACUGGUCUUGUGAUAAAAAGUUUUCAUUUUUUCAAUGCGCAACUGAAAAACUGGGUAAACAUUUCACCUUCGUUGAAGCGAGUGUGAAAAGCGGCUAUGUCGGAUACCUAUGGGCCAUCAAGGCUAUGGAAAUGGGGUACAGGGUUAAAGGUUAUUUGAUCGCUGGCGAUGACACAACUGGUAUUGGUGGGGUUUACCUAAUGGAAGAAUGGUAA